AUGGCUAAUUUCACUAUAAGUGAUUUUAUUCUCAUGGGGUUUUCUGCCAAGCCUGAGAUAGAAAUCUUAUAUGCAUCCUUGUUCUUAAUCCUUUACUUAUUGGCUUUAACUGGUAACAUCCUCAUCAUCACCACCACUUCAGUGGAUGAGAGUCUCAACUCCCCCAUGUACUUCUUCCUGAAGCAUCUCUCUUUCUUGGAUCUCUGCAAUAUUUCUGUUACCAUACCAAGAUUCAUUUAUAACUCUUUCAUGCAGAGUGGAAUUAUUUCCUUCUGGGAAUGCAUAGUACAGUGCUUUGCUUUAGUUAUGUGUGUUUCGGCGGAACUGGCCAUGCUCACAGUGAUGUCCUAUGACCGCUACGUGGCCAUCUGCCUUCCACUGCACUAUGACAUCAUUAUGAAUGUCAGAACCUGUCUCCGUGGAGUCAUUGGCGUCUGGGUCAGUGGGACCAUCUCUGGAGUCAUGCACACAGCAGCUACUUUCUCCAUCCGCUUCUGUGGCCCCCCGAUCAUCCAUCAGUUCUUCUGUGAUGUGCUCCAGAUCCUGAAACUCUCCUGUUCUAAUGAGUAUAUUGGUGAUGCUGCUAUCACUAUCUUCCUAUCUUUGGUCGCAUUUUCCUGCUUCAUUUUUAUUGCGUUCUCUUACAUGCACAUAUUUUCCUCUGUAUUGAGGAUGUCGUCUCUGGAGGGCAGAGCCAAAGCCUUUUCCACUUGCCUCCCCCAUCUUGCUGUUGUCAUUUUAUUCAUUACUACAGCUGCCUUUGAAUUUUUGAAACCUCGUUCAAAAUCAUCGACGGCUUUGGACAUUUUGUUUACUAUUCUUUAUACAAUUGUCCCCCCAACAUUAAAUCCAAUGAUCUAUAGCCUGAGAAAUAAAACCAUUCAGAUGGCUCUAGGAAAGGUGGCUAGACCUGAUGAUGAUCUGGUUAAUCCUGAUUCUGUUCUCAGGAAGUACUCGCAGUUUUGCUCUGAGGCUCCUAUGCAGUGUCAAAGCCAGGUGUGCAAAGUGUCUUACCCCUGUAGUAUCUUUCUGGUACUUAGAUACAACUCUUGA